AUGUCAACGCAGGUAGAGCCACAAAGUGUUAAGUCAGAGGGACAGAAGCAUUGUCCAUUUCGACAAAAUUGCCCACCCAAGCACUGCAAAAGUGAUGAAAAAAGCAUUCAAGUUAAAAUGAAAGAAAUUUAUCAAAAGAUUAAAAACGCAAAUACUCACAGGGGCACCGCAAGUUCCGCAAUUAUUGGUGUCAUAAGCGGUGUCAACGCAGGUAGAGCCACAAAGUGUUUCGCCGUCGGGACAGACGCAGACGCAUUUUCCAUUUUGACAAGUUUGCCCACUAACGCACUGCAAAAUUCCGCAAUUAUUGCUGUCAGAAUUAGCGUCAACACAGGCAGUGUUACAAAAUUUUCCACCGUUAGGGCAGACACAAUUGCCGUUUUGACAAGUUUGCCCACCAACGCACUGCAAAAGUGA